GGUCCUGCACCGUCUGCUCGGAUACUGACCCCAAACUCGAUCGUGCAAUUUCUACAGGCUCCACCACGUCUUCGUUGGCAGCAGACUCCCUGGGUCGCAAUGGCUCAAUGACGACGACAGCCACCAGCUACACUGAUACAUUGAACGACGGUUCAACUUCUACUUCUAAAGUCGGGCCAACAAUGCUCAGCAGGGAAGGGUCCUACGGGUUCCCAUCGGCAGGCCCUUCGACACUUAAAUACAGCCACGGUCACUCGAUUUCUGGCAGUGGCGGUUUCCAAGGUGGAAGCGUGGACUCGUUAGCGCGUGCCCGUCCGAGCGUGUACAGCGGUACACCUGGACCACCGCUUGGUGACCAGGAAGAAGAAGAAGACGACGAUUACUUUGACUCUGAGAGCGAUGAUCCAGAUCCAGAUAGGUUUGUUAACUUCAGCUUGCUAUCGCACUUGGCCGUCCGCUUGCGCGACAAGGUGCCUCGCGGUACCCACGUGAAAAGCAGCAUUCCUUACCCUCGUGCAUUCACGGGCAAGGACAUCGUCUCUACCAUCCAAAGCCAAAUCCAACGCGAGUUGCUGAUCAACCAUGGAGUUUCGACCACCGAUCGUCGCGCUGCCCUCCAGGUCGCUCGGAGUUUACAGCAGCAAUUAUUUUUCUACGAAGUCGAGUGGGGUCAGAAGCUGCUGCAAGAUGGUGUCGAGGACGUGUAUAUGUUCCUGGACGAUCUCGAGGGCAAUUCUGAUGCUCACCGAGAGAGGGAAGAGCUGCCAACAGCCGUCAUCACUUCACUCACUCGGUGCUAUGCGUCGGGUUGCAGUGAGGAUGACCCAUGUUAUUCGUUUGCUUGUCCACGUCGACAAGCAGGUCGAAUUGUUGAUUUGGGUCCCGUACCCGAGCCGGAAGUACAUCACCAAACCGAAGACUGGUUAAGUACGGUUGAUCCCGGCAUCCUUCACACUCUUCCAGAAAGUGAAAUUCAUCGUCAAACCAUCAUCUACAAAACUAUCACUCAGGAAGAGCAAUACGUCCAAGACCUGGACACUGUGGAGGCGCUGUUCAUUCGGCCGCUGCUAAAAGCAAGUCCUCCUGUCAUGCCGCCCAACAAGCUAGAUGAAUUUGUUGAAGAGGUUUUCGGAAACAUCUUGGAUCUUCGGGAAUGCAACAGGCGGCUGGUGGAAGCCAUGUACGUUCGGCAGCGUGAGCAAGCACCGAUUAUCCAGAGGAUCGGAGAUGUGUUUUUGGAGGCCGCGAGAGAGUUCCGGUUUGCGUAUCCGACAUAUGUCGGACAUCUGCCCCUCGCAGAAAAGCGUUUCAAAGACGAGAUCGAGUCCAACGCGGACCUUCGGCUGUUCCUCGAGGAGUGCUCGCGGCAAUCUAAGCAGCAGGAAUCUCGUCGACUGGACUUGAAACACUUCCUAUCGCGACCGUCUGAACAUCUGCAAAAGUACCCCAUUGCGUUGGAGGCGAUCAUGAAAGAGACAACUGAGGGCAACCCAGACGCAUACUACCUUGCGGAAGCCAUCGAAGCCAUCAGAAAUCUUCAGAACGUUGCACAACUCCGGACAUUCCAGACUGCAAUGGGCAAAGGCCCGACUGGGAAAUGGGAGUGGCACGAUAUGGUGUCCAAGGACGUUCGAGAGGGCCUCAGCAAGGCCGAGGCCAAGCGCCAGUCCAUUAUCUUUGAACUGAUCAAAGGCGAGAUGGCGUACGUUAGGGACCUCGAAAAUAUCGACUUGAUUUACGUCCAGGCCCUGCGAGAACUCGAUCCUCCCGUCAUUGCUCGUGACAGACUGAAUGGUUUUAUCACCGACGUCUUCCACAACUUUGCUGAGCUUCACUCGCAUCAUCGGAAGUUGCUCGACCAACUGCAUGAUAUACAGCGCGAUGAGCAUCCGGUGAUCAAGAGCAUUACAGCUCCUAUGUUCGACGCUGCUCUGAACUUCAGGGAUGCAUACAUGGAGUAUAUCCCCAACUACCCUAUCGCUGCAUAUCGCAUUGAUGACGAGAUGGCCAAUAACCUCGAUUUCAAAACGUUUGUUGAUCAUUGUAUACGGCAUCCGGAUGCCCACCGCCUGGACAUGAAAAGCUUCAUCAACCGCCCUAUCCCUCGAUUGUUGCGGUACGAACUGCUCUUGAAGGGCAUAAUGGACGAGACUCCUGCUAUCCACGAUGAUCAUGAAGCGAUCCCUCAAGUCUUGGAGAUCAUAAAGUCUUUGGGUAAGGAGACCGAGCCCGGGGUCCAAUCAGCAAAACAGAAGGUUCAGCUCUGGUGCUAUAACUCGAAUUUGCAAUUCAAACCCAACGAGUCUGUUGACAUGGACCUUUUGAAUGAAAACCGCUCUCUUAUUCACGCCGGCAAACUGCUGAGACAGCCCGACACCGGCUUCGAAUGGAACGGAUGGACUGAGCUUUUCGUGUUGCUGUUUGACAAUUACCUGGUCAUGACUAAGACCAAAGAAAAAGACGGCCUCACGAAAUAUAACGUUAACCGGAGACCCAUACCGCUCGACCUUCUUACUUUGGCCAGCUUCACAGAUCCCCCGACACAGCGCAGCACAAGCAUUCUACGUCUCGGCCUCGGUGGAGGAAACAAACACGUAGAAGGCGGACCCUCUCCAGGUGGCGGUACUUCCGACACUGCUAACGAUUCACGUCUUGUAUAUCCUUGCACCAUUCACUAUAACGGCAGGCUUGGUGGUUUGUAUACCCUCUUUACGGAGUCUCAGCAAGCGCGAGCGGAGUGGAAACAGAAAUUGGACGAGGCCAUCGGUUUGCGCAAGGUUGUUCAAGAGUCAAACAAAGUCUUUGAGCUGGAGCCUCUCAGUACAGACACCUUCCUGGUGCCAUCCAUAUCUUCAGCUGCUGUACCAUCUUGGAACCACGAGAAUUCCCUCACUGGCAAGGUUACUUGCUCUGUUCCGUUUACUACCGCUGAUGGUCGAGCAUUGGUGGCUAUUGGUUGUGCCGAAGGUGUUUGGAUAGGUUUUAGACAUGAUUCACGAUCUAUGCGCCGGGUAUUACAUUUAAAGAUGGUGACACAGUGUGCAAUGCUCGAAGAUUUCGGAAUGUUCCUCGUACUUGCAGACAAGGCCCUCUUUGCAUACCACAUCGAGGCUCUCGUUCCAUCGUCACCCCAGAGCGCUCAUACAUCUCAGACACCACAGAGGGUUAAUGGGACCAGAGAUGUUCACUUCUUUAGCGUCGGAAACCAAGGCGGACGAACACUAGUCAUAUACAUGAAGAAGAAAGGGCUCGACAGCGUCUUCCGUGUUUUGGAACCGGUGGUGGAAAAAAUUAAUGAAAGGAGCAAGGCACCUGCGUCGUUUACUUCUCGCUUUGGUAUACGGCCUGCACGUUCAGAGUGGUUCCGACUGUACAGGGAGUUCUUCCUGCCCUCGGAAUCUUUCGACCUGGUCUUCCUCAAGGCAAAGAUCGCGAUUCUUUGCACCAAGGGCUUCGAAAUCAUGGACCUAACUGAUUUUAAGAGUGUCACUAUUCCUCUGCGUGACGAAGGCUACGAGAGACUUGCAAAACGUGGGGAAUCUUGCCGGCCAAUGGGGAUGUUCCGUGUGGAAAAUGAAUUCCUUUUGUGCUAUGAUGGUCAGUUGUUUUGAUGUGAUCUUCAGCCAAUGCUGAUGAUAAGACCCUAGAAUUCGGUAUCUACGUCAACAAGCAUGGCGC